ACUUGAGCUUGGUCUCCUCGUUGCUGUGAUUGUUGCUGCUGUUAUUUUCGUCACUAUCAUCAUUGUCGUUAUCUCAUCGUCAUACUUCGUCUUGUUCAAAACCACUGCUCUUUGCUGUUGCUGCUACUGCCGCUGACGCAGCCACGAGCACUCUCAAAUACGCUGCUGUGCUUUCGCCAUCGCCGCAUGCACGUUCCCAUCUCCGUUCUCUAAUUCCUCCCCAUUCUCUCGCAUUCGGAGCCACGACUUGCACCUGCGCUGCUAAAAAUGCGCACUCGUAUGUAACGUCUGUCAUUUCUGCUUCGCAUCGCUUGGAAGCUUUCCACCUGCGCGCCCUGUCUCUGCAUCUCGCUGUCCAUCCCUAUCGCGCGUCCCUGACCUUCCGCUCGGAUCGGAGAGCCCCUCGAACAACUCGCAACGGCGUCGCGAAGCCAGAAGAUCAGGAACACAGUAGGGAUACCUAGACCAAGAGAAACAUUUUUCCCAUAAACGCUCCAAGGGGUCAUGGUGUCAUUUCACCGCGAACACGAGACAGACCACGGCCGGCUAAAGAGAGCGGCUUAAAGAGUAAGGGGCUGCAUCGGAAGACCACGAAUCACGCGGCAAUGGAGAUACACACGAAGGAGAGACCUCCGAUUCCAUCACGCCGUAUUUGGCUCGACGCAACCCAGGACGCUGUUGGUGAGUCUCGAAGCACCACGCCUCCUCCCCCUAUACCAUCCGUGCCUGUUCCAGCCAUACCGGCCGAGCACACCGCUGCCCUUCAGACGCACCACCCCAAGAGAAAAUCAGCUCCACCUGGUCGCCUGCGGACAAAGGUCGACAAUGCCGCCGCCUCUCCCCAGGUCAUAUCCUCAUUGCUCGACUCGUUCUCGACCUUCAACCCGCCUCCCGAUCCUGUCCACCAUGGCACGUCGCCUCGUCUCAGCGCCACCAAGUCCAUGCCGGUUACGCCUGUGCUCAAGCAGAGGUCUUCUUUUGGUCACGGCCCGGCUUCGGAGCGCGCCUCGCUCACCGACUAUGAGCUGUAUCGCCAGCAGCUGGCAGACGAGUUUGAAGAGCCCGAGGCUGCUGAACCGCCGGUUGUGCGCACCUCGAAGCGGCCUUCUGGAAAGUCUGAAUGGACGGCGCCUAAGCUGUCUCACGAUUCCGGCCUGACCUCGUACGUUCGUGGAUUUGGUCGCAGCGCUUCGUCACUGUCGCUGCAGCGCACCGACGACGACUCGCGGAGCAUAGGAAACGUCAGCGUCGAAUCGACUGUGCGGCGGCGGUCGCUCAUCAGCAUCAGUCGCGAGUCAUUAGAGCAUCGACUGGGUCGCAAGAAGUCGCACUCGAGGGUCAUCUCGCCCACGCGAGAAGACUUUGGUACCGUGGAUCAGGAGCCAACGCGGGAGCUUGUCCUGAACGCGACAGGUGUACCAGAGCACCUGACCCCACCAACAAGCCCAAGACGCAGAACAACUCCUUUCGACUCCGUGAUCCAGGAGGAGCCCCCUUCACCCACCUCGACCGCUUACCACACGUCACAAGAGAGCGCUGUGAAGCAGGGAAAGAAACCCGUGCACGUCGAUCCCAUCAACGGGCCGACCGUCCCCAAUCGUAGAUCUUCGCUUCGCCACAGCGACAUUCCAAGCGCGUCGAAGAAUCGACAUUCACGCGAGCUCAGCGCAUUACAGGUUGCAGCGGACGCUUUGGCUGAAGAAGCUCACGAGCCUCAGGCCAAGGUCAUGCUCAGCGAGCUGGAUGGCGAGCCGACCGAGGUCACGAAGCGUAUCAAGGACCUGAAGGCAAAGAAGGAGCAGCGAGAGCGCGAGGCAAGAGCCUCUCUCUCGCCGGGCCCAGAGGCACGCACGCAGCGAUCCCGGAGCGUCUCUCCGCAAGUUGCGAGCACGCCGUCCUUUGAAUCGGGACCGCCCAGCAGGCAGGCGAAGGCUGCGGAGAAGAGAAGCCGCAUCGCACAGCUGGGUGCGAUCAAUGUGCCGCCACGUGCGCAUUCCGGCUCGACCACACCUGCCAGAUCUGGCCAGGACGGCACGUCUUCGCCCGGCUUAAACGUGCCUCAGCAGCCAGGAACGCCCCUUACUCCCACCAACCUGCCCAUUAACUAUUCUUAUGUCGUGAACAGUCUGAGCAAACGCGACUCUAUGCCGAAUCUGCCCCAUACACAAGGUCCCUCGUCGGCCGCACCACCUCCGCCAAUACCAACAGGCGAAAAGCCGAACCCAACCCCGGCAGGGCAAGAGCCGAGUACCCUUGCGACCGUCACGCCAAACAACAACGAGACCACAAGUAUCGACGCGCCGAGUACGUCGGGCGCGUCCCCCGCAGAAUCGCUAAGAGAUGGCAAGCGGAAGCCAAUCAGCGUCGGUGGCCGCUCGGCGGUAGGCCGCGCCGUAUCCGCAAAAGCCCUGCCAGACCUUCCCAUCGGCCCGAACGUUGGCACAAGCCGAAUGUCCUCGCCAGAACCCGGAGACGAUCGCUCCUCAAUCGACACGAGUCACAAGUCGGAGAAGGCAUCGCGCUCAAACUCGCUGAGACUGAAGCGCAGACGGUGGUCGCAGCCGGAGAUACCAACGCCAGAGCGCUCAAACAGCAUGAAGCGCUUCGAGCCGCUCGCUGUUCAGCCUCCACGGCCCGAGAAGAUUGUGGAGGAACGACCGGGCAGUGCAGACUCGAUCGAUGCGGACGUAAAGAAGUUCAUAAACCACCCUCGACUGUCGCAAAAGAUCCGGCAUCCGCAGUCUGGACGCACGAUUGCCUUCUCCGAGGUGGGCGAUCCAAAGGGCCACGCUGUGUUCUGUUGCGUCGGCAUGGGUCUCACUAGAUAUGUGACGGCCUUCUACGAUGAGCUCGCUAUGACUUUGGGGUUGCGCUUGAUUACACCGGACAGGCCCGGUGUUGGUGGUUCUCCUCCGGAUCCAAACGCCCUUCCGUUGACUUGGCCAGACGAUGUUCUUGCCAUUUGCCAGGCUCUGCGGAUCUCCAAAUUCUCGAUCAUGGCUCACAGUGCCGGCGCGAUCUACGCACUCGCAACCGCCCUACGCAUGCCACAGCACAUUCGAGGACGAGUCCAUCUUCUCGCGCCGUGGAUCCCACCCUCGCAGAUGGCGCCGAUCGGCUUAACGAAACAAGAUCCGCCUCCGGCAGCGCAACUGCCAAAAUCCCAACGCUUCUUGCGAGCAAUGCCCACUCCGUUCUUGAAGAUUGCAAACACGGCAUUCCUAAGUGCUGCCAGUGCCAGCCUUAGUCCCAACGCGACCGGAUCACCGAGAAGAGAAAGGAGGAGACGGAGUGACAGGCACAAGCGAGAAGUGGAAAAGGAGAGCUCGGACAUUAGCCGCAAUGACUCCAAGACGGAAAACUCGAAUUCGAGUAGGCCGUCGGCCCACAACAGACGAGAGAGCCUCAUGCUCAUGGACCAGCAGCACAUGCCGGACGGGUCGGCGCUGGAGUACGCCAAGUCACAGCGCGACCUCAGGUCUGCCUACGGAAGCGCCGAGUCCGCCAAGAUCGCUGAGCAACAACAACAGCAACUCAGUAUUGAGGAGGAAAAUGAGCGUCGAGAGAUUUACGACUCCAGACUCACGUUGUCAAUAUGGGCCCUUGCGACGACGAACGCCAACCCAGCGGUCGAUCUGCUCGUCUGUCUUGAACGCCAACGUGACAUAGGCUUUAUGUACAAGGACAUUACACGCUCGGUUGUCAUCCACCACGGUUCGAAAGACACCCGCGUUCCCGUUGAGAAUGUCAAGUGGCUCGGCAGGACGAUGCGCAAGUGCGAGGUGCGUGUGCUUGAGGGUGAGGGUCACGGCCUAAUGGCAAGUGCGGCCGUCAUGGGCAGCGUACUCGAGGAGAUGGGCAGGGAGUGGCGCGAAUGGGACAACGUCGUCAAAAGGACCGGCAACGUCAGACGAUGAAUGAAACACCAGAACCGUAUUCCUACGAUUUUUUUGUGUCAAGAACAGAAAAAGGGCAGAGAGGAAAACAAAGAACACACCACGAACGCGUCACACAAAAGGCAACGACGAUUAUGCUCCUGUUCAUGCUCAUGCUGAUGCUCUCAAACGAGUCUUCUACUUUCUAAAGAUGAGGCGUGAUCUCUUCGGUGCUGCUGGAGAUGGUAGUUGGGUACGACACAACUGGAUAUGGAUGGGACUUGCAUGGCUUGUCUAUUAACGAGCCGUAAACAUGCUGUCCCUCUUCCCCUCUUUCUCCUUUUCCCCCACAUACAUGUAUCCUUCGGCCAGAAUUUUGAAUUCUUUUUUGCAUGGCCUUUGCGUAUUUGAAAAUACCCACCUUUUUUUUUGUACAGCAUAGUUUAGCAUAUAGUCCUCCUAAUAAUUACACAUGCCACGGUUUUCUAUCCA